AUGGGUAGGAAGCUGGACCCCCUGAGGAAAGUGCCCCGCGGACCGGGCCGAAAAUCCAAGAAACAGCCCGGAGCGGAGAGCGAGCUGAGCAAAAUCCUGACUGAGGGCUCUGAGCAGAAACGCAUGUCAAGUCGCAGCCGGCAAAGAGCAGCCAGAAGAAGAAAAGCAGACGAAGAGAAAGUCGAGCUCAGCAAACCGGAACCCCAAACAGAAAUGGUGCUGUCACUGGGGAUCUGAAAGGGAAGAGGAAGCCUGCCGGCUUCAGCGAUGAGAAUGCGGAGUGGCUGAAACCUGUGAAGAAGAGGAGAAAGGAAGAGGAGAGCGAGGAGGAGAGUGGGGAGGAGAUGCUUGACCAGGAAGAGAGCGGAGAGGAGGGGAGUGCAGAGGAGCGGCCAGGCGACAAGGAAGAAGUAGAGAGUGGAGAGGAGCAGAGUGGUGAAGAGGAGAGUGGAGAGGAAGAAGGCAGUGAUGUUGAACCGGCUGGUGCUCUGGAUCUCUCAGACAGUGAUGACCUACAGGAUGAUUUUGGAGGCUCCUCGGAGGACGAUGAUGAUGAUGAAAAAGAGGAUCUUCUUCCCAUAGAGAAAGCAGCUGGGAAACAGAAGAAAAAGAUUCAGAGGGAGAAAGAGAAGAAAGGGGAUUCCGAUAUCCAGCUGAAUGUUGAUGCGGAGGAGCUCUUUACCUUGCCGACCUCAGCGGAGAUGGAAAAGGAGCUCUCGGCACCGCUGGAACUCUCUGCAGUGCAGGACCGCAUUAAGGACGUGGUAGCCGUAUUACAGAGUUUUGCAAACCGAGGAGGGGAUCGUUCCCGCCAGGAGUAUCUCGCCGUGCUCCGCCGAGAUCUGGCCACUUACUACAGUUAUGGUACCUUUAUGAUGGAGAUCCUCAGUGACCUGUUCCCUGUGUCAGAGCUGGUUGACUUUCUGGAGGCGUGCGAGGUCCACCGUCCGGUCACUAUCAGGACCAACACCUUGAAGACAAGAAGACGUGACCUGGCUCAGGCUCUAAUUAAUCGUGGAGUAAAUCUGGACCCGUUGGGUAAAUGGUCGAAGACUGGACUUGUCAUCUUUGAUUCAUCUGUACCGAUCGGUGCCACCCCCGAGUACCUGGCCGGUCACUACAUGCUACAGGGUGCGUCCAGCAUGUUGCCAGUCAUUGCUCUGGCACCUCAAGAGAAUGAACGGGUGCUGGACAUGUGCUGCGCUCCCGGCGGGAAGACCAGUUAUAUCGCCCAGCUGAUGAAGAACACAGGUGUUAUUGUCGCCAAUGAUAUGAAUGCAGAGCGCCUCCGGAGUGUGGUGGGAAAUUUACACAGAUUGGGCGUCACCAACUCUAUAGUCUCCAAUUAUGACGGUCGGCAGAUCCCUAAGGUCCUUGGGGGGUUUGAUCGGGUGCUCUUGGAUGCCCCAUGCAGUGGGACCGGCGUCAUCAGCAAAGAUCCGGCAGUAAAAACCAACAAGACCCUACUGGACAUACAGCGCUGCGCCCACAUUCAGAAGGAGCUGAUCCUGAGUGCCAUCGACUCCUUGGAUGCCCAAUCAUCGGCCGGAGGAUUCCUGGUCUACUGCACGUGUUCUAUUACAGUGGAAGAGAAUGAGUGUGUGGUGGACUACGCCUUGAAGAAACGAAAUGUCAAACUUGUACCCACCGGUCUGGACUUUGGUAAAGAAGGUUUUGUAAGGUUUAAGGAACGUCGAUUCCACCAAUCCCUCCGCCUAACCCGCCGCUUCUACCCGCACACCCACAACAUGGAGGGCUUCUUCAUUGCAAAGUUCCGCAAGUUCGCAAACUCCAUUCCAUCGACAAAGGAAGGUAGGGAUCAUCCACCGCUACAAGGGGUUGCAAUGCAUCCUACUGUUUCUAUGCCAUAG